AUGCCAGGCACCAUGAGCGGCCCACCGUCCAAGCCAGGCACAAUGGAGACCAACGGGGAGGAGUGCGAGACGCCUGAACCCGAUCAGCAAAGGACUUGGCCAAACCAGACCGACGAGGAGGACAAGUUCAAACCCGACGGCGAGAAGACGUGGACCCCAUUCGGAUGGAUCCAGCAGGAGCCGACGAAGGAGGAUGCGACGGUCACGAAGGAGAAGCCGAGCCGCCAGCAGAAGUGCCAGAAGACGUUCGAGCGCGACGACGAGGAGACCGACUUCGAGCUCUUGCAUGAGGGGCAGAUGCCCCCCAAGGGUAAUAAGAAGGCCGCCAAACCCAAGUCCAAUGCCAGGCCCGAUUUCAUCCCCGAGAAGCGCGCGAGGGGGCCCGCCGCCGACGUCAACGCCACCUACAACUCAGAGCUGCUCGCAGCUGCCGCGACCGUCAAGGCGCGCCCAAUCUCCCAGGACUUGGCGACGUCGACGGGGCCGCAGUUCGACGUUGAGCAGCGCAAGAAGGACAUGGAGGCGAAGGGCGUUCACCGGUUCGAUGGGAACGCCUUCCUCGCCGUGAUCAAGUGCUACGACGACGCGCCGAUUAACCGAAAGCGGGUCAACGACUGGCAGACGAAGCACUACGACUCCGCGACAGGGCAUCUCCCCCCCCCCAGUAUGAACUACACGCUCAAGAUCGCCACUUUGCCGCAAGACGGCGGGUUAGAGGAUGUGAACAAGUUCGGCAAGUUCGCACUGGUGUCCCCGCCAGAGCCGCUGGAUGCCUUGGCGUUCCGCGUGGCCAAUGCGAUCAGUGAUGGCGACGACGACGCCCCCCUCGCCAUGUGGCGCGAGGCGAUCCUGACGGCGCCCCUGAUGAUCAUGACUGUGGAGUCGGCUGCCAAAGUCGAUUGGAAGCGCAUCGACGAACGGGAGUCGUUCGGUCGCUCAUUCGAGAUGCUGUGCCGCACGGCGCUGGGCAGGGCGUUCGAGGUCCUGGACAUCAUCGCGAAGGAAGAGGACUCGCAGAAACGAGAGCUCAGCCCGAAUGAGGUCUAG